CCGGUUUGAGGCUACAGCGGACUGCCCUUCCCUAAAAUGGCGUCGAAGGUGGGUUCGCGACGGUGGAUACUGCAACUGCUCAUGCAGUUGGGCUCGGUGUUGCUCACUCGCUGCCCCUUCUGGGGCUGCUUCAGCCAACUCAUGCUGUACGCCGAGAGGGCCGAGGCGCGCCGGAAGCCCGACAUCCCAGUGCCCUACUUGUACUUCGACAUGGGGGCAGCUGUGCUGUGCGCUAGUUUCAUGUCCUUCGGAGUGAAGCGGCGCUGGUUCGCUCUGGGAGCCGCACUCCAGUUAGCCAUUAGCACCUACGCCGCCUACAUCGGGGGCUACGUACACUACGGGGACUGGCUGAAGGUCCGUAUGUACUCGCGCACAGUUGCCAUCAUCGGUGGCUUUCUUGUGCUGGCCAGCGGCGCUGGGGAGCUCUAUCGUCGGAAACCGCGCAGCCGUUCCCUCCAGUCCACUGGCCAGGUCUUCCUGGGCAUCUACCUCAUUUGCGUGGCCUACUCGCUGCAGUACAGCAAGGAGGACCGGCUGGCGUAUCUGAACCAUCUCCCAGGAGGGGAGCUCGUGAUCCAGCUGUUCUUCGUGCUGUAUGGCGUCCUGGCCCUGGCCUUCCUGUCCGGCUACUACGUGACCUUGGCUGCCCAGAUCCUGGCUGUACUGCUGCCCCCGGUCACGCUGCUCAUCGACGGCAAUGUUGCCUACUGGCACCACACGCGGCGCGUUGAGUUCUGGAACCAGAUGAAGCUCCUUGGGGAGAGUGUGGGGAUCUUUGGGGCUGCUGUCAUCCUGGCCACUGAUGGCUGAGUCACACAGGGAGAGGCUGAAACGGGUGCGGGGAGCCACGGAGGGCCACCCUACCUUUGUGCUGGCCCGGUUAUGUUUAUUUAUACUCUUUGGUUUGUUUGUUUUUUAUCCUUCGCUCUGUGUAUAUGUGUACGUGUUGGCAAUAGGCAGGUCUGUUCCCCAGUUCCUGGGCUCAGCCCUUGAUGAGGGGAGCCCUGAGGAUGAUGCCUUACAGGGUGGUGGUGGUGUUUUGUUUUGUUUUGGUUCGUUUUGUUUUCCUGUUUGUUAGGAGGAGAGCUGCGGCUAGCUGCUCCCCUGGGUCUCAUGCCUCAGAAAACAGAGUAAGGCGAGGCGAGGGUGGGGUACUGAGAGUGGGAGGCAGGGGAAGGAAGACUAAGAAUCAGAAGGGAGCAGAAGUGAAAAAUCCUGUUUGGAGCCGGGCAGACGCAGCCAGACUUUGCAGUGCUUUUUGGAGACCGAGAGCGAGCGUGCAUGUUGACACAGGGAUCAGGCCCAGGAGGAGCGGAGAGACUGGGCUCCACAGCAGUUACACGGGUUCUUAGGGUAGGCGAGGGGCAGAAAUGGCACUCGCGGCCACCCGCCUUGAGAGCAGAGCAGGCCCCAGACUACUCAGGUGUGAGGGGCGGGGCAGGCAGGCCGGCUUCCCGCCUUCUGCCUUCUGUUGCCAGUUCCUUGGUCGGCCUGGUGGGAGUGAGUGCCCUCCCAAAUACCAGACCACACAGUCUUCCAAAAAUAAACAUUUUAUACAGACA